UAAUGUAUGAAGCAAGUUACUGUUCAAGUAAACACGUGGUGGUAGUUGCGGCAUGACAGUUAAAUAAUACCUAGUCCGGUGUGGUUAUAUUAAUUUCAAAAAAAUUAAAUAAAAAGUGAAAAUGUCCAAUUCGAAGAAGGAAAGUAAAAGUGAUUUAUCCACUGAAAGCAAGUCUUCCGGUGUUAAAAUGAAGAAAGAAUUGUCGUUACUGGAUGGGGUGGCAAUUAUAGUUGGUGUUAUUAUUGGAUCUGGAAUUUUUGUGUCGCCCAAGGGUGUUUUACUAAGUUCCGGAUCUAUCGGACAAGCUUUAAUAGUGUGGGUGCUGUCAGGGAUUUUGUCAAUGAUCGGGGCCCUUUGCUAUGCGGAGCUAGGUACUAUGAUUCCAAAAUCUGGCGGAGACUACGCAUACAUCAUGGAAGCAUUUGGGCCUCUGCCAGCCUUUCUAUAUUUGUGGGUAGCUUUAUUUGUGUUAGUUCCGACUGGUAAUGCUAUCACUGCCAUUACUUUUGCUCAAUAUAUCGUACAACCUCUAUGGGGAAAUUGUCCUGCACCAUACGAAGCUGUCAGGCUUUUGGCUGCCGCCACCACGUGCAUAUUGACGGUAAUAAACUGCUAUAACGUUAAAUUGGUGACAAGGGUGCAGGAUAUCUUUACAGCUACAAAAAUUUUUGCAUUAUUAAUAAUAGUUGCCGCUGGUAUAUAUUAUUUAUGUACAGGCCAUGUUGAACAUUUCAAGGAUCCUAUGGAAGGAACCAAGUGGCAACCAGGAUAUAUUGCCCUAGCUUUUUAUUCAGGUUUAUUUUCUUACUCAGGGUGGAAUUAUUUGAAUUAUGUUACUGAAGAACUACAGGACCCGUACAGAAAUCUCCCUAGAGCAAUAUGCAUUUCCAUGCCUGUAGUAACCAUAAUUUACGUUAUCACAAAUGUAGCGUAUUUUGUAGUACUCAGUAGGGAUGAUAUAUUAUCCUCAGAAGCAGUUGCUGUGACAUUUGGAGAUAAAAUGUUAGGAUCCUUUUCGUUCCUGAUGCCUCUGUUUGUUGCUUUUUCUACAUUUGGAUCAUUAAAUGGAGCGAUUUUUGCUUCAUCCAGGUUAUUCUUUGUUGGAGCUAGGGCAGGGCAUUUGCCUCGAGCAAUAUGCCUCAUUGAUAUUAAAAGACUGACUCCUGUCCCAUCUUUAGUGUUUAUGUGUAUUAUAACGCUGGCUCUAGUGAUAAUAGAAGAUGUGUAUACUCUUAUCAACUAUGUUUCUUUCGUAGAAGCUCUUUUUAUCGCGCUUAGUGUAACAGGACUACUUUACAUGCGUUGGACAAGACGUGACUGGAAUCGUCCUAUUAAAGUAAACAUUCUUCUGCCUAUAAUUUUCUUCAUAAUCUGUGCCUUUUUAGUAACAUUUCCUUGUUAUGUUAGUCCAGUUGAAGUAGUUAUAGGCAGUUCGUUUAUAAUCUGUGGCAUACCAGUUUAUUUCAUAACUAUCGGCUGGAAAAAUAAACCGUAUUGGCUCAGUAAGAUUUUUAAUGACUUUAACAAUGGUUGUGCGAAGUUGUUUAUGUGUGUUCCUGCAGAAGACGACCUCAUAAAAGAUCUUUAACAUUAUUGUAAUACAUUAGUGUCUUCAACUUGUAUAGAAUUUGUGCCUAAACUACACUAUGUAUAAGUACUUGGGAGUUUUUUCACAUUUGGAGCAGUACUGAUGAAACAUUUUAAACGAUUAUUAAAUGUUUUUAACAUCUAAUUCAAAUUGAAAAUUUCUAAAAGUACUUAAAUGUAGUACCUACAGAGAAAGUUUUGUAAAUUUGAUAAUCAUGCAAUGACAUAUACAGACCCCCAAAUUGAGUAUAUUAAAUAUCAAAUUUUAUGGAAAGAUUUAAUAUGUAGAGCUCUCCCUGGAUUCCCUGUGUGUGCCAUUGUAAACAAUCAAAAUUAUUUAAAAUAAGUUAUUGUAAAUAUAAAAAAAUCUAGUAAUUCGACAGUGCAUUACCAUCAGCAGUAAAGCCAAUCAGUAUUACAAAAUAUUUGAAAUUAUUAAAAUACGUUUCUUGUAUAUCUAUUAACCUUCCUUAUUGACAGUUUUUGUGCGAAAGUUUAAUGAAAAAUAAAAUUAAAAUUAUGUACGAGGCGCUAUCGUCUAAUACAAAUGCAAAAGUAUAUUUUGCAACAAGAGAUGAAGAUGUCGUUUUUUUCCUGAAUUAAAGGACAGUUAACAAGUUCACAAAAAGUAUUUCAUCUUGAGUAGAAAAUGCAAUUUUCUCGACUGAUAUAAUUCAUGUUCAACUUAAUUCAAUAUGAACUAUUAUUCAGCAACAUAUGAGUUAAAUUGUUAGUCAUUUCCACAGCGGCAAACAUUCUAUUCAGAAUUGUCACUCUCACAUAGAAAAGGACAUUAUUUGUUAAGUAAGAUAUUAUUUUAAUUAAAUUUUGGGUUUUUAAAACAAAUAUUCUAUUGGAAUUCAAUUAAUUUAUGUUCAUGUAAAUUUAGUUAGUUUAGUGUUUUAAGGUAGUUAUAUCCCAAGUACGGAGUUCAAAUAGAAAACUUUCGAGCAAGUCUCAUAUUUGAGUCAAUUAAUUUUUGACAACUGGCAACAUUAUACACAUGGAGACUACACAGGGAGCACGAAUUCCAUGUAAACAAAUAUUUUACCAAAUUAGAGGGCGCUAGUGUCCCACAUACCCCGAAAUAGUGGAGGGGUGAUAAAGAAAGCGGCAGUUUGAAUUAAAAAUCAAUCAUGUCGUUUUUGUGAUGUGUUAAAAAUUUUAAAAUAAAUGAUGUAGACUACUUUGAAUUAGAUAAAUAAAUCAAUAAAUAUUGAAAAUAUGUCAGUGUACAAGGAACACUAGUGACUCCACCGGUAAAAACUAUAAGUAAUUUCUACUAUUACAUUAACAAAUUUUGUCAAUUUUCCCGUAUGAGUUUGUGAUCCUUGUCUAGUCUCUCUGGUCGUACAGAUUGCAGCUGUGUGUGAGAGAGAGAUUGAUGGAAACUUAUAUUUACGCGACACAAGGUUAAGUUAGAUUAGUGUUAAAUAUAGUAGAUGCAUUACAAUCAUUUGGUACAUUUUAAAAAAAUUUUGCAGGAAUCGUCCUUAUUGUUUGAUUUAUUUUAUUAGUUCCUUUAGACGAAAAACGCAAACUGAAACGUCAAAAUUUUUUAGAAUAUCAGCACGCAAACAAAAUAACCUUUCUUCAAUUCACGUUUCAUUUAUCUGAAUAAUCAUAUGAAAAACUUUGUGGUUUGAGAAUUAAUAUCUUUAAUCCUAGCUGGUCAAUCCUUUCCAGAUUGAUUUCCGAAUUGGUCUUGCUUAAAAUUUGAGCAAUUUCCCGAAUGGGGUUAUUUAGCUACAGCAACAUUUUAAUCGUAAGGACAAUAUUUUUUGAGGUGGCGCCAUUCCGGAUUCUGGAUUAGUUUGGAGGGUAAGUCAGUAUACUGAGUUACAGCACUUAGGCCCCAUUGGGCUCUUUGUGCAUCCUCCCAGCGAAAGAUCAGCUAUCCUGAACCGUCAACCAAACUAUCAAGGAGGAAAAGGUGAUGGCGUUGCUCAGGGGGUCUCCCUGAUGUAGGCCAUAGAAGGCCACCCUUCUCCAAGCACGGAUUCUCUCGUUGACGAGACACCAGUGCACUCGCAGAGUACUACACAGAAAACUGUCUCGUCUUCCUGCUCACAAUCUAUAGAUAAGUGUUUCGCACUUCCUCAUGUUUCCUUAACCAAAGAAGUGGCGCCACUAAGCCUAUGCUAAACAUAGUCAACUUUGAUUAAGCAUAACUCAGAAACUAUGUGGUAAAAUGUGCUGAAAUUUUGCAAAAGUAUCUAUCAGGUGAAUAAUUAAUUACUUAUACUCAAAGUUUCGUAAUUAUCUUGAAUAUUGUCGAUUUAGGUGAUAACUACCUUAAUUAAAAAACUUAGGUAUGACAUUUUCAUCUCUAGAGAUAAAACAGAUAGCUAAUAAACAUUUUCAUCCUGAGAGAAAAAUGUUGCUUUCAUAUUGACUAUACUGUGAAAAAAUUGUUACUUUCACAGAUACUAGUUCCUAGAAAAAAUAUUUAUGCAUAAAUAUAUUUUUUUGUAUAACACUUGAUGUGCUUUAACGUUGGCAAACAAAUAAUUUUCUUAAAUACAUUGCAUUCUCA